GGGGCCCGCUCCCGAGGGCGGCCUCCGUGGGCAGAGGGCGUGCGGGCUUGGCAGGCUGAACUCGCGGGGCUCCACCGCCCCGAAGCCACGGGUCAUUUUCAGCAGGGUCCCUCCCGCAGGGUUCUUCUUCUUAAUGGCGUCCUCUGAAAAGGGCAUCUUGGUGCCGACCUUUAAACACACCUGGUUGCUCUUCUCCCUCUGACCGCCAUGGCCCCAGCUCUCCCUGAAACCUCCACAGAGGGGCUCCUGCCCCCACCAGGCCGCCUUGCUUCUCGCGGUCGGAUCUCUCUUCUUCCCUGUGCCCCUGAAGAGCCCUCUGGGAUCUCGGGGGUCUUCCGCAGCAUCCUCGUGUCUCGGGCGGCGCCAGCUCUCGCCGACAGAGGGCGCCGUCGGGGGCGGCGCGGCGCCACUGCGGCCUCUCCUCUCGCCGAGCGAACCUCGCCCCCUCCGCUCGUGUCGCCGGAAGUGGGAGGUGUCGCGCGCGGGCCGGCGCUCGACCCCUCCCCCCGUAGCUCGGCCGCCCCCUCCCCCCGCUCCGCCCGCUCAGGUGCGUCCCGUCCCUCCCCCCAUCCUCCCGGGGGCGCGGCGCGGGAGAACACGAUGGCGGCAUCUGAGGUAGCUGGUGUUGUGGCCAAUGCCUCCAGUCCUCCAGACUCAUCUUCUAGUUUAUGCGCUUCCAAAUCAGAGGAAGGUCUCCCAGAUGGUCUAAGCCCUAAAGACUCUGCACAGAAGCAGAAGAACUUGCCUCUGUCGAGUGUAAGUAGCCAAACGAUAACCAAGGAGAAUAACAGAAAUGUCCACUUGGAACACCUGGAGCAGAAUCCUGGUUCAUCAGCAGGUGACACCUCAGCAGCCCACCAGGCGGUUUUAGGAGAAAACUUGAUAGACACAGCCCUUUGUCUUUCUGGCAGUGGGUCUCAGUCUGAUUUGAAGGACUUGGCCAGCACAGCAGGAGAGGAGGGGGACACAAGCCUCCGGGAGAGCCUCCACCCAGUCACUCGGUCUCUUAAGGCAGGGUGCCACACGAAGCAGCUUGCCUCCGGGAAUUGCUCUGAAGAGAAAUCCCCACAAGCCUCCAUCCUAAAGGAAGGUAGCAGGGAUACAGGCUUGGAUUUCCGACCUGUAGUGCCUCCAGCAAAUGGAGUGGAAGGAGUCAGAGUGGAUCAGGACGAUGACCAGGAUAGCUCUUCCCUGAAGCUUUCUCAGAACAUUGCUGUACAGACUGACUUUAAGACGGCAGAUUCAGAGGUAAACACAGAUCAAGAUAUUGAGAAGAAUUUGGAUAAAAUGAUGACAGAGAGAACUCUGUUGAAGGAGCGUUAUCAGGAGGUCCUGGACAAGCAGAGGCAAGUGGAGAAUCAGCUCCAAGUGCAAUUAAAGCAACUUCAGCAAAGGAGAGAAGAAGAAAUGAAGAAUCACCAGGAGAUAUUAAAGGCUAUUCAAGAUGUGACAAUAAAGCGGGAAGAAACAAAGAAGAAGAUAGAGAAAGAAAAGAAGGAGUUUUUGCAGAAGGAGCAGGAUCUGAAAGCUGAAAUUGAGAAGCUUUGUGAGAAAGGCAGAAGAGAGGUGUGGGAAAUGGAACUGGAUAGACUCAAGAAUCAAGAUAGUGAAAUUAACCGGAACAUUAUGGAAGAGACAGAAAGGGCCUGGAAGGCAGAGAUCUUAUCACUAGAGAGCAGAAAAGAGUUGCUGGUAUUGAAACUAGAAGAAGCAGAAAAAGAGGCAGAGCUGCACCUUACUUACCUCAAGUCAACUCCCCCAACACUGGAGUCAGUUCGUUCCAAACAGGAAUGGGAGACAAGACUGAAUGGAGUUCGGAUGAUGAAAAAGAGUGUUCGGGACCAAUUUAAUAGUCAUAUCCAGCUAGUGAGGAAUGGAGCCAAAUUGAGCAGCCUUCCUCAAAUCCCUACUCCCACUUUGCCUCCACCCCCAUCAGAGACAGACUUCAUGCUUCAGGUGUUUCAACCCAGUCCCUCUUUGGCUCCUCGGAUGCCCUUCUCCAUUGGGCAGGUCACAAUGCCCAUGGUUAUGCCCAGUGCAGAUCCCCGUUCCUUGUCUUUCCCGAUCCUGAACCCGGCCCUUUCCCAGCCUAACCAGCCUUCCCCACCCCUUCCUGGCUCACAUGGGAGAAAUAGCCCUGGCUUGGGUUCCCUUGUCAGCCCCCACGGUCCACACAUGCCCCCUGCCGCCUCCAUCCUGCCUCCCCCAGGCCUGGGCGGUGUUAAGGCUUCUUCUGAAACUCCUCGGCCCCAGCCAGCAGACAAACUGGAGAAGAUUUUGGAGAAGCUGCUGGCCCGGUUCCCGCAGUGCAAUAAGGCCCAGAUGACCAACAUUCUUCAGCAGAUCAAGACAGCACGUACCACCAUGGCAGGCCUGACCAUGGAAGAACUAAUUCAGUUGGUAGCCGCACGGUUGGCAGAACAUGAGCGGAUGGCAGCAGGUACUCAGCCACUUGGUCGGAUCCGAGCCUUGUUCCCUGCUCCACUGGCCCAAAUCAGUACCCCGAUGUUCUUGCCUUCUGCCCAGGUUUCAUAUUCUGGAAGAUCUUCACAUACUCCAGCCACUUGUAAGCUGUGUCUUAUGUGCCAGAAACUUGUCCAGCCCAAUGAGCUGCACCCAAUGGCAUGUACCCAUGUGUUGCACAAGGAGUGUAUCAAGUUCUGGGCCCAGACCAACACAAAUGACACUUGUCCCUUUUGUCCAACUCUUAAAUGACGGACCUGACUGGGGAGGAAGAAGAAGAGAAACUGAUGUGAACAGGAAGCGCGGGUUCAAGAUUUCUAAAACUCUAUAUUUAUACAGUGACAUAUACUCAUGCCAUGUACAUUUUUAUUACAUAGGUAAUAUGUGUAUAGAAAGUCUGUAUUCAAAUGUUCGUAAAUGAAAGUAUGUAUAUUAUGCAGAAACAGUCUGUUCCCCUCAUCUUACAGUUCCGUUGGGGGAUGCUGCAGAUUGUAGGGAAGUUUUUUAGUUUGGCCUUGAAAUUAUGAUAUCGCUGCCCGGGGCUGUUUUCAAAUACAAUAUAAAAACCAUCUAGGAAGCUGCCUUUGCUCUACAGCUAUCCUGCUUUGGUUUGGCUCAGCUUCUAGUCCGUUUUCUUAAGGUUCAUGUCUGCAGAUUUAAAGCCUGGUGCUCACCUGCUGUCCAACCAGAUGCCUUGCGUACUGAAAGCCUCCAGAAGCCUCAGUAUUGUUUUAGUCACUCCAGUGGAUAAAAUGAGACUGACUGAG